UCGUUCAAGGAGCGGGAAAGGACGAGAAAGAAAAUGGCGACUUGAGUUGGUUUGUUUUUAUUAAUAAAUCCAUGGUUUGAACGGCUCUGUAAACACUCGAACCGGGUCGGUACCGGUUCUGCUCCACAUGGCUCUGCAGAACCUGGUGUUCGUGGUGGACGUGGACCCGGCCCCGGGCCGGGCCGAACCGGUUCUGCUGAAGCGGGCGGUUCUGCUGACGCUGCUGCACUUCGGGUACCGGUUCGGGUUCGGCCGGGUCCGCUGGGGGUACCGCUUCUUCGGUACCGGGUCCGGUACCGGCCGGCCCGGCAGGGCGUCGGACUUCAGGGAGGUUCGGAACCGAACCUUCCAGGACUUUGAGCUGGAGCUGGACCGGGCUGUCCAGAACCAGAACCAGAACCAGAACCAGCACCAGCACCAGAACCGGGCCGGUUCCGUCCACUCCGCCCUGAAGGAAACUCUGCUGGAUUUCCAGUGGGACCGACCAGACAUUACCAGCCCGACCAAACCGGUACCGAGACAGAACCGGAGGGCCGAGCCCGGGGGGUUCGGGCCCGGCUCCGGGCCCGGUCCGGCCCAGGAGGACGACCCCGGCAGGAACCUGCUGUUCCUGGUGUCUCCGUGUCCCGGUCCCGGGUCAGAGACCCCGCUGGACGAGGACUGGGUCCUGCCCCGGAACCUGAACCACAUGCUGGUCCAGAGGAGGGUCAGCCUGGUCUGGCUGGACAGCAGGUCCCGGGACCAGGUGGGGGUCUGCCAGGACCAGGUGGGGGUCUGCCAGGACCAGCUGGGGGUCUGCCAGGACCAGGUGUGUGAGGUCCUGGCCCCGGGGGGGGCCCGGCUGGUCCCCUUGGUGGCGCUGCUGGACCUCUGCUGCAGCUACGAGUCGGACCCCCGGCUCCGGAGAGACGCCUGGGGGUUCAGGUCCAGCGUGGGAUUCCUGCUGUCUCCGGAGAGGCCCUACGGCCGGGCCUUCCCUGCCCGGGGGGGAGUUCUGCAUUGGAGCCCAGAACCAGGUUCGGUGGUUCAGGUGUCGGUGGUCCUGGACCCGGUGGUCCUGGACCCGGUGGUCCUGGACCCGGUGGUCCUGGACCCGGUCUCCAGCGGACAGACCCGUCUCCUGGACCCGGUCUCCAGCAGGCAGACCCGUCUCCAGGACCCGGUCCAGGUCCGUCUCACGGCGGUGCUGCAGGACUGGGACUCGUCCUCACUGACGCCGGCGUCCUCCGAGUCCUGGCUGCUCCGGGGCUGCGGCGGCGCUGACCCGGCAACCUUCCAGAACCUGCUGAGGGAGCUGGCCGCCCACCGGGCCCACAUGCUGGCCGAGGUGGACGUGGGGGGGCUGCUGUGCUCGGCCGUCCUGGCCCCCCUGUCCCAGUCCACGGCCCUGCUCACCGUCCUGCAGCCGGCCGUCCCUCUGCAGGACACGCCGGCCGUCCCUCUGCAGGACACGCCGGCCGUCCCUAUGCAGGACACGCCGGCCGUCCCUCUGCAGGACACGCCGGCCGUCCCUCUGCAGGACACGGCCGUCCACGGCUCCAUGGACGGCAGCGCCGCCGAUCCGCCGGCCGACCUGCCCGCCGUGGUGAGCAGCGUUCUGGGAGUCGUGUACGACAUCAUGGACCAGGACAGCCACGCCCUCGAACCGGACCCCCCGGUCCCCGACUGGGCCCUGCAGGAACUCAACCACGGCCCCCCCAGCAGCAGCAUCCUGGAGACCUGGUUCCCUCAGUCCGACCAAUCAGGAGUCAGCUCUCACCUGAUGGAGUCGCUCAGGGUGCUGCACGCCGCCCCCCAGCCCGGACCAGAGGACGCCUCCCUCCUGCAGCAGGACCUGGUCUCCGGUCUCUCAGACCUGUACCGGCUGUCCCAGGACGGCCAGGACAAGACGGGCCGCAAACGCUCCGCCCACAUCACCCCCGUGAAGCAGAGGAUGAAGACCAUGAGCCGCUCGCUGCAGAUGCUGAACGUGGCCCGGCUCAACGUCAAGGCCCAGAAGAACCAGCCGGAACCAGAACCGGGCUCCGAGAAGCCCAGGAGACGCUCCGGGGACCGGGCCAGGCGGGGCCGGACCGGCGCCAGCAGUUUCUCCAGCGAGGACGAGCUGCUCGUCCACCUGAGGACGGUCUACCAGAAGACCCUGGAGACGGAGACGGACGUCUCGCUAACGACAGCCGUGAAGCAGCUGGUGGAGACGGCAGAGACAUUCUACACCGCCCAGGACGGACAGUCCCGGGCCUCGUCCUUGGUCCAGAAGCACCUGCUGAAGACGGGCCGGUCCCUGCGGCAGCAGCACGGCGCCGGCGCCGACGUCCAGGGGAAAGUCCGAGAGUGCCAGAUCCAGGCGGCCUUGAGGCUGCAGCUGUGCAGCGUUGCCGCGGCGACGCCGCCCACCGACACGCUGGACGCCGAGCAGAUGGCAGAGGAGGCGGCUGAGAUGCUGCGGAUCAUCUCCCUGACCAGAGACCCCGUCUACCUGUCACGUUUCCUGCAGGACGAGCUGCUGCCGGGGUUCCUGGCCGCGGCCCCCAGGGUCCUGGCCGACAUCUACCACAGCCUGGGCUCCGCCCUGCCGCCGGCGCUGCUGGCCGCUCUGCCCCCGGGCUUCCUCAGCGACGACUCGGUGGCCCGGGACAGCGUCUCCCCGCCGGCCCCCGGGCCGCCCGGGCCCCCGGCCCCCGGGACCGGCCCGGCCCCGGAGGACGGCCUGCAGGACCUGCGGGAGUCCAGCAGGAGGAGGACCGGGAUGUUGACCCGCCACCGCAGCAUGACGGAGUCGUCGCAGAGCUUCCGCCAGAUCCAGGUCCCCAAGAAGACCCGGUCUAAACCUGCGGUGUCUAAACCCUUGAAGUCUGCUGGGCCGGAGGAUCCGGGUCCAGGUCCAGGUCCCGGUCCCAAACCGCCCCCUCAGAAACAGGAAGCAGAGGUGACCAGGGUGAGGAGGAACCUCUUCAACCAGGAACUGACUUCUCCCUCCAAGAGGAGGAAGCUGCCGAGGAGCCAGUCGGUGUCGGCCGUGGAGCGGAUGAAGAAACGCAAGCGGUCUGGGGACGGAGAGCGACACCAACUCCUGACGGAGCAGGUCUGCGAGACGCCGCUGCACAAACAGGUGUCCAGCCGCCUCCGGCACCGGCAGCAGCUGGGCAGGUCGGCCGAGGCCAGCGAGGGGUCGGUGGUGGAGGAAUCUCCGCUGAAACCUGCAGACCUGCGGCGGAGCCCACGGGUCAGGCCGGUUUCCCGAAGACACACCUUCUACUCCAGCUCUCAGGGCCGGUCCCGCAACCUGGACCGGGCCCUGUCCUCCUCCCAGCUCCUGGACCGGGCCCCGUCCUCCUCGCAGCUCCUGGACCGGGCCCCGUCCUCCUCGCAGCUCCUGGACCGGGCCCCGUCCUCCUCGCAGCUCCUGGACCGGGCCCCGUCCUCCUCGCAGCUCCUGGACCGGGCCCCGUCCUCCUCGCAGCUCCUGGACCGGGCCCCGUCCUCCUCGCAGCUCCCCCAGCUCGGACCCAGACAUCUCAGACCCCGUGACGCUAAAGCGCCCUGGUCUCCCAUGCGUCUACUGUUCGGAGCUGCUGAUUCUCCCGUACGUCCCUCCAACCAGCCUGGGGGGACCGGCAGGACCAGCAGGGCCAGCAGGAGACCGUCCACCGACUCCAGCGUCUUUGAGAGUCCAAACAAAAUCCCGGAGACGCCCCCCAGAAAACACACCCCCCUGAAGACCCCCCUGAAAACCCCCCUGAAGACCCCCCUGAAGACGCCCCUGGAGAGUCCCCUGAGGGGGAUCCUCCGGAGUCCCCUGAGGACCCCCCUGAAAACCCCCCAGAAGAGUCCCCUGAAGACCCCCCUGAAGAGUCCCCUGAGGGGGAUCCUCCGGAGUCCCCUCAAGGCUCCGGUGCAGCCCGACCCCUCUUCUGGAUCAGGUCUUAGCAGUCCAGUUUCCAAGACCCCCAAGAAGAGCGUGACCUGGUCCCCGUCUCCCAAGAGGUGGAGACCAGUGGAGGCCGGUGGAACCUUCAAGGUGCCGGAGUCCCCUAGCGCCGCCCCCCUCAGUUCUCCAGGACCCGUGAGGACCCCCAGUCCUGGACACAUGGACCCUCAGGUGAACCUGAUGAGGAUCCCACGCGCCCUGCUGACCCCAGAGAAGGGGGUUCUGGAGGCAACCAGGUCCGGUGAGGGAAAGAGCUUUGGACCUGACCAGGGCGAGGUCCAGGGCGAGGCCUCGUCCCCCUCCGAGACGGACUCCAGUGUCCAGACCGGGUCCCAGACCGGCGAGUCCUCGCAGGACCGCUCCGCCAGCACGGAGGACGACAGUCUGGACAUCGUGGACGCCGCCGUGGUGAAGACGCGCUUCAGCGGCGGCUUGACCAUGAACAUCAGCUUCUCCAGGAAGCCCUCGUGGUCCGAGACGCGCUCGCCCACCCGGGUCACGCCCACCCGCGGCGCCGCCGGACGGACCUACGGCUUCCGCCAGACCCCCGACCGCCAGCAGAGGGAGGCGGCGGCCCGCCUGGGCUACGACUCCCCGCGGGUCUCCACCCCCCGGGGUCCCCGGCCCGGCGGGGCCGCCGCCGGGGCCGCCCUCACCUACCAGGUGGAGAUGGAGAUGCAAAGCUCAGGAAUCCCCAAACUCAAGAUCAAGCGCACGGACUCCCUGGUUGGCCGGGACGGCCCCCCGGAGGACGGCCCCCCGGAGAAACCCCGCCCAGAACCCCCCGCGGCCCUGGUACCCCGGCCCAGGGACUCUGGCUGUGUCUCCCCGUCCGUCUGCGCCCACGUGACCCCGGCCAAGGCGGCGCCCGGGCCCGGCGGCGGCGGCGUGCAGACGUACAUCUGCCAGUCCUACACCCCCACGCGCCACGCGGCCCCCACGGCGUCCCCGGUCCCGACCCCCGACCCGGGGCCCGUGACGCCGCCGGACGGCCUCAACAGCUGGCCGCGCAGGAAGAGGGCGGUGAGGGGCAUUGUGGGUAAGGAGCGCGGGCCGAGGGCGGAGCUACUGCUGGAGGAGGCGGAGCUCGGCGUGGGCCGCCUGCAGGACCCGGACCAGCCGGACCCGGGUUCCCCGCUGCAGGACCUGGACUGGAUGGAGGCCCUGGGGGACGACCCGGUCCGGUUCUGCCAGACCGGCCCCAAGUCCACUGUGACUCCGCCCCCCUGCAAGGCCCGGAGGCCCGUGACGGCCAGCGGGAUUCUGGCGCUGACCCGGUCUCCGCUGCUGUUCCAGACCAGAACCAGCUCGGCCCGCAAGAGACCUGCCGGUGAAACUUCUCCGCUGACGGGACCAGAGGGGGCGGAGCCGUCCCCCGUCCAGCCAAUCAGACGCUCCAGAACCGGGACGAGCUACAGCAGGAAGAGACUCCUCCAGUAGGGCGGGAGGGGCGUGGCCUGCGCGGCUGGGGGCGUGGCCUGUGCUGACCCCGCCCCCAGAACUGUUUUUUCUGAUGUUCAGUUUAGAUGAAGUUGGAGUUUUGUACCAAACUAUAAAUGUUUAUUUAUUUGUUCUGAUGAAUCUGUUUUAAAUCUGUUUAAAU